UCUAGAAUCGAAGAAGAAUCCAGAAUGCCUGCAAUUGGUAUUGACUUGGGCACCACCUACUCCUGUGUUGGUGUUUUCCAGCACGGCAAAGUGGAGAUAAUAGCCAACGACCAGGGCAACCGCACCACACCCAGCUAUGUGGCAUUUACCGACUCGGAGAGGUUGAUUGGAGACGCGGCCAAGAACCAAGUGGCCAUGAAUCCAAGCAACACUGUCUUCGAUGCGAAGCGUUUGAUUGGCCGUAAAUAUGAUGAUCCGAAGAUUCAGGGUGACAUGAAGCACUGGCCAUUCAAAGUGGUCAACGACUGCGGAAAACCAAAGAUAAGUGUCGAGUUCAAGGGUGAACAGAAGCGCUUCGCGCCGGAGGAGAUCAGCUCGAUGGUUCUGGUAAAGAUGAAGGAGACAGCCGAAGCUUACUUGGGCACCACCAUCAAAGACGCCGUCAUCACUGUGCCUGCCUACUUCAAUGACUCACAGCGUCAAGCAACCAAAGACGCUGGUGCCAUCGCCGGGCUGAACGUGCUGCGCAUCAUCAAUGAGCCCACUGCAGCCGCUCUGGCCUAUGGCUUGGACAAGAACCUCAAAGGCGAACGCAACGUUCUAAUAUUCGACUUGGGUGGCGGCACCUUCGAUGUGUCCAUCCUGACCAUCGACGAGGGCUCUCUGUUCGAAGUGAGAGCCACUGCUGGAGAUACUCAUCUGGGCGGAGAGGACUUUGACAACAGAUUGGUCAACCAUUUGGCAGAUGAGUUUAAGCGCAAAUUUAAAAAGGAUCUGCGCUCCAAUCCACGAGCGCUGCGUCGGCUGCGCACUGCAGCUGAGAGGGCAAAGCGCACAUUGUCGUCAAGCAGCGAAGCUACCAUCGAGAUCGACGCGUUGUUUGAGGGCCAUGACUUCUACACAAGGGUUAGCCGAGCGCGCUUCGAGGAGCUGUGCGCCGACCUGUUCCGCGGCACCCUGCAGCCUGUGGAGAAGGCUCUGAAUGAUGCCAAGAUGGACAAGAGCCAGAUUCACGACAUCGUCUUGGUUGGCGGCUCAACACGUAUUCCGAAGGUGCAGAGCUUGCUGCAGAACUUCUUCUCAGGAAAGAACCUCAACCUGUCCAUCAAUCCGGACGAGGCGGUGGCCUACGGAGCCGCCAUUCAAGCUGCCAUACUUAGUGGAGACCAGAGCAGCCAGAUCAAGGACGUGCUGCUGGUGGAUGUUGCGCCGCUAUCACUGGGCAUAGAGACAGCUGGAGGAGUGAUGACGAAACUGAUUGAGCGCAACAGCCGCAUUCCUUGCAAGCAGUCGAAGACCUUUACCACAUACGCAGACAACCAGCCCGCCGUGACAAUUCAGGUGUUUGAGGGCGAGCGCGCCAUGACAAAGGACAACAACGUGCUGGGCACUUUCAAUCUGACCGGCAUUCCACCAGCUCCGCGCGGUGUGCCAAAGGUGGAAGUUACCUUCGAUCUGGACGCCAACGGCAUAUUGAAUGUGACAGCCAAGGAGAUGAGCACUGGCAAUGCAAAGAACAUAACCAUCAAGAACGACAAGGGACGUCUCUCGCAAGCCGACAUCGAUCGCAUGGUGAGCGAGGCCGAGCAGUAUGCCGAGGAGGACGAGAAGCAUCGCCAGAGGAUUGCUGCUCGCAACCAGCUGGAGAGCUACGUCUUUGGCGUGAAGGAAGCUGCCGAAAACGCUAAAGACAAGAUUUCGCAGUCUGAGCGAAGUACCGUGCUGGACACGUGCAGCGAAGCAAUCAAGUGGCUCGACGCUAAUACCACAGCCGACAAGGAGGAGUAUGAGUACAAGCUGCAGGAACUCACAAAAGUCUGCAGUCCUGUGAUGACGAAAAUGCAUCAGGCAGCUGGAGGCGGCGAUGGUCCACAAGCUUCCCACUGUGGCCAACAAGCUAAAGGCUGCAAUGGUAGCGGUGGCCCCACCAUUGAGGAGGUUGAUUAAAAGUACAAUGUUCCUUAAUUAG